GCGCAUUUGGUCCGUGCGCAUUUGAUCUAUGUCCGUUUCACUCAGCCUGCUGUGUCCGUUUAUUACUGUGCGCAUCUGGGACUCACUCCAAUUUUCGCUAUUUAUAAAAAACAACUGUGUGGGACAACUGCUGAAUCUCUCGAUGAAUCAAGAGCAAAGAAAUUUAGAACUAAUGAUGAAAAAAAUAAAGAAUUUACAAGUAUUUAAACAAAUCAAUGUCAAUUUGCAACUGUAGAAAAUAACAAUGAAAACAAUAAUAAAUCCACAAACAUUGAUGAACAUCCUGAAUAUGAGACUAAUUUAUUUAAGAAUAACAUAACUAAUAAUGAUAGUACAAACGCAUCUGCAGCAAUAUCCUCAACAUGUAAUUUAACAUCAAUUACAUUUGAGUGUGCUCUCGAACAAAUAAAAAUAUUAGAACAAGAACUUCACAAUAAAAAAACAGAAGUAAACCAAUUGCAAGACAAACUGGAGAAUGCCGAUAAAGUUCUUCGUACUCUUAACAGAUCAAAUACGAUUCUUAUGAAGCGUAUUAGAAGACUCAGGAGCACGAAAAGACUACGAAUUGAAAAAAGUGUGUUGCAAUCAAGAGAAUUAGUUCAAAAAGUUUUCAAUGAUGAUCAAAUUGAAUGGCUAUAGUCUAGCAAACGACGUGUAUAUACUUGGUCUAAAGAAACUAUUAAAAAGCUCUCCGAAUAAAUCUUGUACCAAUUCUGGUUAUAAAGAACUUAUUAAGCAAAAUAUUCCAUUACCAUCAACUCGUACUUUAAGACAAAGUCUUGAAAAUGUAGCCUUUACUCCAAGAAUAUUAGAUGAUAUUUUUGAUGCUAUGAAAAGUAAAGUUCAAUUAUUCGAAGACCAGAGACAAUGUCAUUGCAUGAUUGGCGUUGACGAAAUGUCUCUUACUCCUGGUGAACAACUUGAUCCUUGUACAAAUUCCAUUGAGAAACAGUUCCGGCAACAUAUGCUUUAGUAUUUCUUCUUGGCGUUAUCUUUUAUCGAUGGAAACAAGUUGUAGCUUGAAUUAACACCUGAUGGAUUUAAUGGUACACAUUUGAAACUUAUUAUUGAAAAACUUAUUGAAAAAGCUGAAAACAUAGGUCUUCGUGUGCAUAGCGUUAUAUCUGACAUGUAAGUAUGAAUCAAGUUAUGUGGAAACCUUUUUCCAACAGUGGUGUACAUUGACAUUGGGUAAUACACAGUUCUGUACCUCAUCCAAUGGACAGUAAUCGUAAAUUAUUUUUUUUGCUGACGGACCACAUCUUAUUAAAAAUUUUAGAAUCGCCAUUAUUAAAAACAAACUUAUAGUAUUGCCAAAUAAAUUUGCUAAAUCUCAUCAACUUUCAUCAUGUAUUGUCAAAUGUUUACAUUUAGAAAAACUGGUAAAUGAACAAAAAAAUUUAGAUAUUAAAUUUGCACUAAAAUUAAAUAAAGAUGUUAUUACUUUAACACAAUUUAAUAAAAUAAGAGUGCAAAAAGCAACAAGUAUGUUUAGUAAAGAUGUAAGCAACGGUCUACGGUUUUUAAGUGAAGAGCGAAAUAUUAAUGAAUACUCAACAACAGCAACAUUUAUUGAAAUUGUUAGCAAAUGGUUUAAUAUCAUUACUUCACGUCAAGCAUUUGCUUUAAGCAAAAAUCCUGCAAAUGAAGAAAGUAUUGAGAAAUAUACAAAAACUGUAGAGUUCUUGUAUUGAUUUAUUUUGUUACAUGUAAGUUGGAAAGAAAGACCCCGUACGAAACUAUUAAAAAUUAUUGAAAAAUAACUAUUCAAAACUAUUGAGAGAACUAUUUGAAAUUUCAAGUUG